AUGGUUGAAUUACUUCUCGAGCAUUCUGCCAGUCUGACUAGCCGAACUACAACAGCAGACAGUCUGACCCCGGCACAACUUGCACAACGCGGUCAUCAUCGUGAUUUGGCCGCACGUUUCCGAGAAUUGGCCGUACAACAAUCUCAGGCCCCAGCGUCCACAUAUGCCAGUGCUCUACUAAACCGGAAUGUAUGGUUCGAUCGUUUGCGCCGAAAUUUCGAGGCCAAUUCACAACCUGUUCGCGCAAAUUCGUUUGUUUCAAACAAAGAUCAGCGAUCUAAAGGAACGCAGUUCCACAAAACGUAA